CUCCGCGCGGCGGAAGUGGGGAAAGAACGGUGGAUUUUAUUAGUGUUUGAUGGUAGGGCAGCUAGCUUGAAUAAACAGAACUAAGCUGCAGUUUUCCCGCGAUAAGGGGACAGAUUCAUUUUAGAGCUUAUUUUUAUGAUUAGCAUCCAUGAUGUUCAACAGGCAAACCAGCCUCUGGAUGGGUGAUUUGGACCCUUACAUGGAUGAAAACUUCAUAAAGCAGGCCUUCAGUGCUAUGGGAGAAUCACCAUGCGGGGUCAAGAUCAUUACUCACAGGAUAACAGGGGGUUCAGCCGGAUACUGCUUUGUUGAGCUGGCAGAUGAGGAAAGCGUUGACCGCUGCGUCCAAAGGCUCAACGGAAAACUAGUUCCUGCAUCAAACCCGCCCCGGAAGUUUAAGCUAAACUAUGCCACUUACGGGAAAAGACCAGAGGCCGGGCCAGAGUUCUCAGUGUUUGUGGGGGACUUGGCCUCUGAAAUAGACGACUUCCAGCUACAUCAAGUUUUUAAGAAGUACCCUUCCUGCAAAGGAGCCAAAGUUGUCACCGACCAGUAUGGAUACUCGAGAGGCUACGGCUUUGUCAAGUUUGGGGAGGAGAGCGAGCAGAAGAAGGCGAUUGAGGAGUGCCAGGGGACGGUGCUGGGGGGCAAGCCGCUCAGGCUCAGCAUUGCUGUAGCAAAAAGCCAGAAGGUGAGCAACUACCAAGCAGGCCAAGGCCAGAGUUACCAUAGCAACUACAGCCAGCCUCCAUCGGGCUACUAUGGAGGUCAUUAUGGUGGGACUCAGGGGGGGUACUACUCGCCGUGGGGCGGCUAUGACCAGUAUGGAGGCUACAACAACAGCGGCUAUGGCUACAACGGCGGCUACAACAGCGGCUACAAUAGUGGCUACAACUACAACUACAACUACGGACCCUAUGGAUACCCCCCACCAGGCCACAUGAUGCCACCACCUCCCAUGGGGAUGCCCUCCACGUCCACAGACAUGGCAGCCACUGGAGAGGAAAGUCAGGAACAAACUGGAGCUGCAGAAGAGGACAAUCCAGAAGAACCCAUCCCUGAAUGCAACGUGGAGCAGUGGAACAAAAACUACAUGGAACGCAGCGAGGAGCUCUAUGAUGCCCUGAUGAACUGUCACUGGGAACCUCUAGACUCUGUUGACUCGCCCAUCCCCUCGCUCUCUUGAUGACUCUUUUUAGUUCCUCAGUGUAUCAUUUUUGAUACUUCCUGAACCGCUUCCCUCAUGAGGAUCUUACAGGUUCCAGCUGUAAAUCAUCGUCUGCAAAGGUUGACUCUUGUGGACAAAAUCGCUCGUGGCUUCUGUGGUGCGUUUUGUCCAAACAGGAAGGUCGGCUGCUGUGAAGGUCAUUCUGUCUGUUUUCUGUUUGUUUUCAAUGUAUGAACAAAUGCCAUGACGAGUCAUGCUUUAAUGACCAGCAGAAUUGUCUUUAGACCUCAUUCUAGAGAACAAUGAAAACGUAGUCUUUGGUUUCUGUUUGCCAUACUCUCCGCCAGCAGUCAAACAUAUUAAUUUAUUUACGUCAAACUAUCCCUCUUUUUCGUCUGGUUGUAUUUUCAUGUAGGAGAUGCUAUUCCUGUUCAUUUAAGCAGCUAUCGGAGUCGGUUGUCAGAAGGUGGGAUUCUACCAGAAGGUGCUCACCAACUCUGCAAGCCUGUCCCCAAACCUUUCGGAAGGUUGCCCGCUCGUUUGCUGUCGCAUCAUGAGACGGCAUUUCUGCUUCCCGUCUUUCAGAAAUGUUUUCUCAGUAAAACAGCUUCCAGAGAACUUUGGGUGGAUGUAAACCAGGAGGAAGUGGCUUUCGCUUCAGAUUGAUCAUAGUGAUCUGGUACCAGACCACAAGACCCCUCCCGCCGUGUGCCGUUGGCUUUCUGGUGUCUGUUAUUGAAACAUUAUGGAGGGAAACUUCAUGAUGGGAGGCCAGUGUCUUUAAUGUAUAUGUAAAAUAAAGUUUUUUAUGCAGA